GGAGAAUCUUUCAAAUGCUGUGAGAGAAAUCAUGGAGAUGAGUACUACCAUCUAGUAAAUCUAUAUUUCCCCGUUCGUGAUAUCCACACUUCCUUCACAUUGAAGACCGUCGUUGUACAUGCUUGCAAAGACUGCGAGAUUGCUCAAGACGCAGAUGCGGGCCACGCUGGCCCACGCACGAUUUACCGAAUACAUGACGGGCAAAACGGUCUCAGUUGAACGACACUGCGCAGUAUUUCAGUUGGUUCUUGGCCAGUGUCCAAUCGGCCAUCCUGUUCAUGCAGCAGCUCGAAGUAGGUGUAACCAGUCCCAGUUACUUUCCCGACAACUGGCAUAUCAAGUGCAUAAGUACUGCAACAUUGAAGACGCUUCAGAGUCUCACUCUUCCGCUCACCGUAAUUUGAACCCACGCUCAUACGAGUAGCGGCAGUAAACGUGGUUGUAGCUCAAGUUGGAUCUACGAUGGCGGCGCUCUUGUUAGAAAGAGCGUUUGUAUUGGGUUACCAGUCAUAAUGGUCACAAUCAACUUUCGCAUAGGAGUAUUUGGUGUUGCCGCAAACAUGCAGUUAGCAGAAGAUAACCGAGCAGCAGGCGACGAAGGUGUGGGCAACUAUGGCCUGCGCGACCAACGUCAUGCUCUGGAAUGGGUGAACCGUUUCAUCGCAGAUUUUGGAGGAGACCCAUCUCAUGUCACCCUAUUCGGACAUUCUUCG